UGCUGCCCAAAAGGCGCCACGCCUCCCUGAUUUUAAAAUAUCCUUCACUUUAACCGACACUCUGAAACUAACCACAGAGCUUGCGAGGGGUAGAGAGAACCAAACUUCUUUCGUCUCUCUAAACAGGAUUCUGAUGCAGUUCUUCUCGCGAAGCAGAAAAAUUAGCGAAAUGUUAAGGGUUUCUAUGAGACUCCCGCCAUUGGUGAAAUCGGCGCCAAACGCUAGGUUCUCCAGCACUAUAUCUCGGUGGGAGGGCGGGGUUUCUAUGGUUCAGGGUGCUUCCAGAGGAAUCGGGCUCGAAUUCGUGAGGCAACUGCUGGAGAAAAACAACAGAGGGCAUGUUGUUGCAACUUGUCGAAAUCCUGGUGGAGCAACCGGCCUUAUUGAUUUGAAGGGGAAAUUUGAAGACCGUCUCAACAUACUACCACUUGAUGUGACAGAUGAGAGUACUAUAGAGGCUGCUGCCAUCUCUAUAAAAGAAAAAUAUAGUUCUCUAAACCUACUGAUUAACACUUCUGGAGUGCUUUCGAUACCUAAAACAUUGCAUCCAGAAACAACAUUGAGUAAGUUGGAGAAGUCUGCACUGAUGCUUACAUAUGAAAUUAAUGCUGUUGGACCUGUUUUAGUAGUGAAGCAUAUGUGGCCACUCCUGAAAGCCGGAGGUGGAUCUGGAACCGACAGAGAAUUUGCUGUGGUUGCAAAUUUGAGUGCUAGAGUGGGCUCCAUUGGAGACAAUAGUUUAGGAGGAUGGCAUUCUUAUCGAUCUUCCAAGACUGCUCUGAAUCAAUUGACGAAGACCAUUUCUGUGGAAUUAGCUCGGAAAAAGGAUCCAAUACUCUGCAUUCUGCUGCAUCCUGGAACUGUGGACACUGAUCUUUCAAAACCUUUCCAGAAGAGCGUUCCACCAGGUAAGCUUUUUACAGCAGAAUUUUCAGUGCAAAAGCUCUUGAGCAUUAUAAACAAUGCUAAAGGCAGUGACAAUGGAAAAUUCUAUGCUUGGGAUGGCGCAGAAAUUCCUUGGUAAAGUUAGUUGAAACUUAUUAUUAUUAUUUUUUAAUUUCACUCCUUUUAUACGCCAAAUGUUGUUAACAUGAGCUAUUAAUUGUUGGAAAUACCUUCUUUGUUUCUUAUAUUAAAAUUUA